AUGUCACAACUCCUCUGGCUCGCUGACGCCCCUUUGGACUCGCUGACGACAUGCACUGACUCGCCGACCAGUUUUGGCACAGCUUGCAUAAGCAGCUCGGUAUGCUGCAUAUCCGCGAGGAACGGCCUGCCCGCGUCCGGCUCGGCGACGCAUGUUUUUUCCUGUGAUGAACGCCUCACGAAAGCUUUGAAGCUCGGCUCGGUUUACUAUUGCAAGCGUUGCUACCAAGAUAUCAACCGUUGGACGGGCCCCCACGGUGGCUGCGGUGAUGCCCGGGCUGACCACCUCAAUGGGCGUGUCGACUACAAAGGUGUACGUGAUUGCCGGCAAUGUAUGGUUGAGAUGGCGCUCGUCCACGGCUGGAUCCCGAACACGCAACAAAUUGGGCUCUGCCGUGCAGCCGGAGUGUCCAUGUCCAAUGGCCUGCUCGCUCAAGUCGAGGGGACCGUCGACAACAUGGGAACCAAUUUUAUGAUGACGGACAAAAACAGGCUGCAGUGGGAGAAGGGCAACCGCGGCUCCCAGACGCUCGAAGUGACGAACAAUUGCGCGACCCAGCAGGACCUCAAGAUCAUGUGCUCGGACCGGCUUCAUUUCCGCUUUAACCCGGUCUUCUCUAGCGUGCCUCCCGGUGGAAAGGUGAUCAUCCAGAUUGAUGCCCGCGCAAAAACCACAACGACGGCCAGGAUGCGCAUUUUCUACCAAUCGAACCAGGGCAACGACGACGGGCUCAAGAUUUUCGCGGAGAAAGCUCAAAGGUCCGAGAGGAUCCUCCUCGAGAUCAUCGUC